CUCAUCAGCUCUUCAACAUGGUCCUCAAGCUCUAUGGAAUGCCCGUAUCUACCUGCACCAAGCGUGUAGCCACCGCACUCAAGGAGUUCAACGUUCCAUACGAGCUCGUCGUCGUUGACCUAACCAAGGGCGCGCACAAGGCCCCGUCAUUCACGGAGAUCCAGCCGUUCGGACAGGUUCCCUACAUCGACGACGACGGCUUCAUCCUCUACGAAUCCCGCGCCAUCUGCCGUUACAUCGCAGUCAAGUACGCCGCUCAAGGUCCCCAGCCUCCCCUCCUGCCCCCGACUACCGAUCUCGCAAAGUACGCGAAGUUCGAGCAGGCCGUGAGCAUCGAGAUGCAGAACUUCGAUCCGAGCGCGGCGAAGCUCGUUUUUGAGAAAGUGUUCAAGCCGUUCUUCGGAGGCACGCCGGAUGACGCCGUCGCCGCGGAGCUGCUCAAAACUCUCGAUGCGAAACUCGACGCGUACGAGACGAUCUUGAGCAAGCAGAAGUACUUGGCCGGUGAUGACUACACCCUCGCGGAUCUCUACCACCUCCCCUACGGCUACAUGCUCGCCGCUGCUGGGUCCGAUACUAUGAGCAGAAGACCUAACGUUGGACGCUGGUGGAAGGAUAUCACAUCCCGUCCGGGUUGGUUGGCCGUUCAGGACGGCGCCUGAUCUGGAUCUCCCGACCGGGCCUGUAACUGCGCUCCCUUCUCGAUAAGGGUAGGUGUUGAAUAUGACAUGUCGCAGCGGGUAUUCGAGUGUGAGUGCGAGGGUGUGAGGGAGUACGAUGUGCGGAAAGGCGAUGUAAGAUGCGUCGAAUAGAAUUUUGAAGUGAAGUGUUUUCUAGUCGCGUGUGGGCCCGUCGUCUGCGUCUAUAUGGUCGGCGCUCG